ACCCGAUCUUUCUCAUCACCACACCACGCUUCCAGAAAUCAUGUCGAAAGCAUAGAUCGAUCCCUGAGCGAUAAAUCCCUCCUCCCAACGAUCAUCAACAUGAUCAGACAUCGCUUCCCGCUGUUCCUCGACCGAUUAGUAGCCGUCGCCGCAGCGAGCGCACGCUGAAAUGGAUUGUGACAUAUGCUCUCGCCCUUUUGGAGAACGCCGCAAGCCUCUGUGUGCUAGUUGUGCGCAAGUCUCUCUAUACGAUGGACGCCUCAAGCAGGCCGCCGCAUUGAUCGAUCAGGAAAAACAUCGUGCACAAGCAGAGGCAGUAGUGCGACCGGGCAAUGAUGGAGUGCUGGCAGCCUUGCCUGAAGAUGCCGACCUCGACGCUAUCACUACUGGUAUGAGAAAGCAUGGGCUGGAGCGCUCACAAGCACAAACGACGGCCGCUGAGCUGCGGAUCAACAGCAUCGUGGACAAGGCCGCCGAUCUGAAGCGCGACCUCGAGCAGUUCAAACAGCAUAUCGCAACACAGAAAGAGGAUGCUGCCAACCGACGUAAGGCGCUUGCGGUAGAGAAAGACGAAUUUGAAAGAGCAAAGCCUCGAGCUACGGAACCAGUGGUAUCGACUACCAAGAAGGCAUCUCAAAGGCUUGAGAAAGUGCGCAGUAGGAUUGUCGAUGCUCGACUCUUGCUGUGUCGCGAAGCUGCGUUGGCGAUGAGCUUUCAUCGACGCAAAGGUGGAGAUGGAAGGUCUGAAUACGUCCUGGGCAGUAUUGUUGUGCCAGACUUGCGAGAGCUCAACAUCAGAACACAGCCUGCAGCGAAGGCGCCCUUAGUCGGCGGGAGAACUAUUGCAGAACCACACGACCUGGUCUCGGAGAGCUUCGAGAACGUUGCACGUCUGCUGAACCUCUGCGCGAAUUAUCUGGGAGUGCGUUUGCCAGGAGAGAUCCUACUUCCUCACGAGAGGUUCCCUCGCGCUGCUGUCAUGCCAGAGAAGUCAAGCUAUAAGCAUAGCGACAUCGUCUUUCCUGGGCUGUCUUCCAGUCAGUCUUCAAGUCCUGCGGCAUCUCGCAUCAUCGAACACAAUUUGCCACGCCCUCGCCCUCUCUGGCUCGAGAAACCUCUCGCUCAACUGCUUAAGGAGGACCCCAAGGCUUACGGACUGUACAUUGAAGGCAUCACGAUGCUCGCUUACAACGUUGCAUGGCUGUGCAAGUCGCAAGGUGUCGAUGCCAUCAAUGGAUUCGAUGACAUCUGCGCUGUCGGCAAGAAUCUGUAUCAGCUACUGCUCACGCAACAUCGCAAGCACCAGCCACGGCCAGCUCUCGACCGACAGACGACUGGCACAUCGAGCAGAGUGACAGCGACAUCGGCCAAAGACGCACAACAACAGAGUGUCACUCAUCUUGGGGUCUUCUCGCACACUUCAGCUGCGCACAACCUCUUUGCAGCCGAAGCCUCCGAACUCAUGAAGAACUGGCGACUGGCGUCAUCUACCCGUCUUGCGGACAAGUUGCGCAGCCAUCUCUACAACGAGGUUUCUCGCGCCGAAUGGGAUGUGGUCGAGAUGGAAGAAUGGGACGAUGAGAGUGCUGGCGAUGCACCUGUACUAGUUGGUGGCUCUCGGCGCCCCUUUGAGUCUCGACAUCCUGCAAUGAGUGUCAUGACUGUUGCGGCGCAUGAUGGUGCUGAAGAGGACAGAAGCUCUUCUGCUGCGGAUGAGAGUCAGAAGAAGAAGCAAGCCAGCGGGUGGAUGAAGGUAAGAGGGAGAGGUGGAGAAGGGGCCUGAUGCGACACAGAUCCGCAAUGAGAUGGUAUGAUUGGAAUGAAACGGUAUGGUUACGAGUCCUACUAGAUACCCCUUGGCAAUACAGUAUAUGAAUGACGCUCACGAUUGGGUCGGACUUGACAGACCUCGCUGUGAGCCUGCUCUCCGUCCGAGGCAAUCAGAUCUCU